GCAAGUGUAGGUUCGUCUGGCCUUGUAUAUAUGUCAGGCUUUCAGCAAGGACUGUAUCUGCAUAUAGGACUACCCUGAAAAGCACUUUAUUUGGCCCUACAAACCGACAUACCAUGCAUAAUUUAGGGCUGGUUAGUAUCGUAGAGGGCAAGUUGACCUGUCACGUCUCACUGGCUGGUUCGUACCAUCCACUCGCUACAGCAUCACUAAUCAGCCGGGGCCCAUAUGCCGUCGUGCGGUACUCAGGCUACAACCACGCUCGUCAGCGCCCAGGCCGAAGGGUUCGUCCUCUUUCUUGGCAGCCUCAGUUCGUGCGUGAGCGAAUUUGUGCGCGGAAUACUUUUGGAGACGGCCGUCGACAUUGGUAUCCCGCUGUCCAAUGGUGUCUGCCUCGUCCGUGACAUUGACAGGGUCCAUGAGGAGCCUGAAGUCCUGGAUGGGGUGUCUUAGUGAGUGU